UCACACUUUCUUAUUCGAGAAAAUUUAUGGUUAAAAUGUCGAUUCACUCAACCCCAUCUGGGUCAGCAAUCCCAAUUGACACCAUUGUUUUGGGUUGUGGGAUGGCGGCAUUGGAUUACUUGGUUACUGUUGAUUCUUAUCCUAAGCCUGAUGAUAAGAUUCGUAGCACCAGUUUUCAGGUUCAUGGAGGUGGGAAUAUUGGGAAUGCUAUGACUUGUGCAGCUCGUUUGGGUUUAACUCCAAGAAGUAUAUCCAAGGUCGCGGAUGACUCUCAAGGGAAAAGAAUACUGAACGAGCUAGAAGCUGAUGGCAUUGAUACAUCUUUUAUUGUGGUGUCCAAAGGGUGCCAUUCAACAAUCUCUUAUGUCAUUGUUGACAGUCAAACGUCACUACUCAACUCUGUUUAAUCCCAUUUUUAGUAAAUGUUUUAUAGGCAUUCAUUGAGCUUUCUCUUGGGUGAUGAGAUGGAUGAUUUACGAGUACUGUUUUUGCAAAUUCAUUUCGUAGACAUAUUCUUUUGAUAUAUUAUUUGAUGUCUAGAUCAGCUACAAUAUUAAAACUAUUCACACGGAAUUCAUCGUUUUAGAAUAUGCUAUAUGCUAGUAGACUCCAAAUGUGGAUAAGUAUUUAUUCAUAAGCAAUAUGUCCUGUG